AUGAUAUCUUUCUCCCACAUUCUCUCAUUAUUUCUUCUUAUUCUGAUCACUCCCGAAGUCGUUUUCUCUUUCUGUUACCCGAAAAUUCCAUUGUUGGAUUUGCAACCUGCACAGUAUAAUGGAUCGUGGUUUGUCAUUGCUCGAAAACCAUCAAAUUCUCGAUAUUUCCUUCCAAAGAAUAUCAAUUCUAGUAUGAUCAGUUUGAUAUUAAAUUCUGAUAAUACUUCAUUAUCAUUCUCUGAAUAUCAUACUGUAGAGCAAAAAUGUAAAUCGUUAACAGGAAAUAUGACAAAACAUAAGGGAGGAUAUAUGCUGGAAGUGAAACAAGAAGCUGGCACUAAUUAUGUUGAAAAGAUUUUUUUUCGCCCGAUUUAUCACGGAUAUUCUGGAGAACAAAAUGAAGAAAUGAAUAUGGUUUUGUACGGAUGCCUCGAUGGAAAUGAUAAUGGCGGCUGCAAAAUUGGCGACGAACUCGUAUUGAUUAUGAGUAACUCCCGUCAUCCGCAGACUCUGCAACUCUAUAAAUCUGCUCAAGUAAUCGAAGAUGAAGCAUGUAUUGAUAUUCUACAUUUCACAGCAUUGGACACUUAUACCGAGUGUGGAGACGAAAUGGUAGAUGAAGAUCAGAAGUUGAGACAUGCCAAAAUAGAUGAAGACAAUGAAUUCGUUGAUGUCGAGUGCCGAGUUGAAAAUAUUCGACCUGCUAACAAUAACAUCUCCAUUUUCUUCAAGGAACCACGUGUUCUUACAGUAGUUGCCUACAUUGACGCAAGUUUAUCAGGAGAACAAAUCGCUCAUAUCAGUUGUCGAUACAACUCGGAAACCACUGCAGAAUGUGAAUGGAUUCGACAAGACACUUGCUUCAAAACAAACUUGACUCAAACAUUGAGCACAAAUCAAAUUCAAAUCUCCUCUUCAAUUUUAAAAAUUAAUGGGAGCACUGUUCCAAUUGAUUGGUCAGGAUUCGUUCUGUGGGAAAAUGGCGACGAAUAUAUUUCGAUGCAUUGUGGACUUGUUGAUGAUGAUGGAGCAUGUGAUUCAGUGAGAGUUUAUGUUUGGUCAGAUGAAGAUCAUAUGGAUCAACCGACUAUAAAUGAGAUUUAUCGAGAACUUCAGAAAGUUUGUAUUGAUCCAACUGAUUUGAUCUUUCUCAACACUUUUCAUGAAUGUAUAAUUCCGUCGCCAACACCAAGUCUUCUUCACUGUCAAUCUCCAAAUGGAUGGAGUCCAAUUACUUUGUCAAUGCUUCAAGGUGUCUGGUAUAUUGCUGCUGACUUGAAUGCUGAUCCUAAAAUGUUUCUACAAUCAACAGUUAUAAAUAUGAAGAGAAUACAGAAUAGUUCUGAUCUGGAAUUGAUUUAUUAUGCUCAAAAAGAAAGUGAUGGACGAUGUAUUGGACCAGGAAACGGAACAGUUCGAUUGACAGAUAACGGGGAACUUCAUGUUCACAUUGAGUAUUCAUAUUCAUUUGUUCCUGGAUACAAAAGUUCAAUCAAAUUCAAAUUUCAAAUUCUAUAUCUGGAUAACCAGAGAGCAGUUCUCUAUUGGUGUUUCCGUCGUGCAGAGAAUGGAACUUGUACUCAACAUGACGUCACUUUUAUGAUUCGUUCUCGACAUUUCUCGCAUAAUGAUCUUUCAAUGAUUCUUCCGUAUUUGGACAAAGUGUGUAUUGAUCGCAAAGAUUUGAGAUGGUUUGAUUUGCAUUCGCAAUGUGGAACUGAAAUCUCAUCAUCGACGAUUCUCCGCAGAGAUCUGAUCACAUUAACUCAUUACCACGUCUUGGAUAUUUUGACGAAUGUUCAGGAACCAAAGUGUUUGUACAAUGAGAUUCGGGGUGUCAAGGCGGAUUUUUACUCGUUGGAACGUGCUGGAACAUGGUUUUUAAUGUCUCGAAUGGAUGAAAUGAGUAUGGACACGUAUGCAAUGGUCGGAAGAAUAUUUGCAGUAACCAACUCAACUGCAGUACUUCGUCUUUUCCAAUCAGCUGCAUUACCAGGAGAGCCACGUGAAUGUUUCACUCGAGUUUUCACAAUUCGAGAGCGAGAAAAUAAGGAAAAGUUGGAUUAUUGGUACGAGUUGCAUUUCGAAUCGACAACAAAGAACUCAACAUUCAUGAUAUUUCGUUUCUUAUUCUACAAUCGACAUGUUGGAGUCAUUUAUUCAUGUUUGAGAAACAAAGCCGAUGGAAGAUGUGAUGAAAAAGCAAUCUAUGUCAUCUCCCGCCACGAGUCUAUUGAUCACGCUGAGCUGACUGUAAUCGAGAAAGUUGCAAAGUCUGUAUGCGUGGAACCACUUCUUUUGUAUCAUGUUGCUGCUCAUGACGAAUGCAUCUUUGAACACAGUCGUCUUAAACCUCCCGCAUGUAGUUCCAUCGAUAUUGUAUCGAGUAAUGCAGAAUGGAUUGAAAUGAAUCUGCAACAAAUUGAGGCAUCCUACGGUCGUCUUCUCUACCAAGUUGUUGCAAGUUCAAACAGUCGUGCACCUACAUUUGCCCUCCGAUUCGAUGGACAACACUUCCAAAAAAUCACCGAGCAACCAUCCGGAUGCCUUUCUUCUCCAAUUGCUCAAAUUCGAUUCUCUCAACGUAACCGGAAUCUGAUAUAUCUUCCUUCUGAUGAUGGCCUUAUUGCUGUUAUUCAUCCAGCUGGUGUACGAUCCGAUCUUCUUCUUCGAGAAGCUCAAAUGUCGGGUGUUCUUCCGUGUUUGGCUCCGACUCCAAUUCCAGAAAAUCAAAAUUGUACUCAAUUAGUUGCUCCAGUAUGUAAAUAUCCGAAUGAGGCAUUGACAGAUACCGAGCAGAUGAACGGAGAUUGGUUCCUAUUUUCUUCUGAUCCAAUGUUUGUGUUGAACUGGAGAUGUACAUUCAAAGACGGAGAUGAUGAUUACACUCAUUCAUUUGAAUGUUUCUCCGAGUCUUGGGUUGGAGAAUGUGAGCGUCCGACACGUGGAACACUUCACAUCAAUGCAUCCAAUUCAACAUUCUACACCGUUUUUGACGAAGAAGAGGCUCCAAUUCGAACUCCAGAAGCAGAAAUCUUCACAUCUGGAAGGAUAUCAGUGACCGAUGAACGUUUAAUAUUGCUUAAAGAAGAUCAUCUCGUUGGAAGAGCGUACUCGUUGUGGUUGAGAAAAACUGAGGGUGGAAUGACAGAAAAAGUGAAACAAGACGCCGAAUCAUUUUGUGUUUGGCCAAUUGAAUCGCAAAUCAGACAUACUGCAAUGUUGUGUUAA